GUGUCUCCUUUCUCAUCUUCUUGCUCACUUCAUCUACAGCUUCAGAUUGCACAAGCUGCAGCCCUGCAUGUUCCGGUAUCCAUGCCAUGGAUUUUAGAAGCCGGGUGAAGGCCUUUCUUGUUGCCCUUACCUUGUCCAUGGUAGCUUUAUUGCCUAACAUGUACACCUGCCUAAGCGCCUUCAUCAUGAAGUCCCUCCCUUCUCUCGUCUCAGCUGUUGUCACACCCAAGUGUCUCUUUGUCUUGUCCAACAUUAUCGUGGUCUUCCUCGUCAGCGAGUCCAAGCUCUCACGGAGCCGCAGCGAGCCACUGAACGUCGUCGAUGAUAACAUUGCUGCAAGGGAAGAGAGCGUGCUACAUGGUUGUCAGAAGCAGGAGGUGCUGGUGACAGAGGCAUUGCUGCCGGCGAGCCCUGAAAAUACCAACCAAGGACUAGAGAGGAGAAUGGUAAUGGGAGUAGGAGAAGAGCAGUAUGCUGCAGAUGUUAAUGAAGUUGUGAAGAUGGAUCGGUGUGAGGAUGAAGUUAUUCAUUCAGGUUUAUAUCAGGUAGAUGAAGUCCAGGAAGAAGUGGAAGAAUUGGUGAGCGCAGGGGUAGGACAAGACUGCUCAGCAGAGGAGGAACUGGAAGAGAGGGGCCUGCCGCCGGCCGACGAGCUGAAGCAGCGCGUGGAGGACUUCAUCGCGAGGUUCAACAUGGAGAGGCAGCUAGAGGCACAGAUGCUGCUAUGCUGCUGCUGAGCACUACGUACUACGUAGAAUGCAUGUUUUGAUAUCAAGAUAGGAGUUACAUUUGUAAUACAGAUAUUGUAACUUAAUUCUCAUUCAUUACUGCUGUAAAUAACGAACUGAAGUGUUUUGGAACAAGGUGGGCAACUUUUUUUUAUAUAAUUGCCUUA